AUGGAGCAAUGCAACCUCCCGAUAGAGCAAAUCGGGGACAUAUACCCGUGUACCGCAUUGCAGGGUGGUAUGGUAGCUUUGACAGCGGAGCGUCCCGGGUCAUAUAUCGCAUAUCAUCGUUUCCGCCUAGGACCAGAUAUUGAUCUAUCCUUGUUGAAAUCUGCUUGGGAGAUGGUGGCAAAGCACAACGGAAUUCUGCACACCCGAUUCAUUCAGUCGGAGUUUGGAUUCAUGCAGGUCCUGGUACAGAACAACGAGCUUCACUGGAUCUCUGGGGACACGAAAGAAGAGGAAAGAUUACACUGGGACGUUCUUCUAGGGCAACCAUUGGUCCAGUUCGAAGUCGUCCCGGUGUUGGGCGAGGAUUCCAACAUAGCUCAGCCACUUGACCUGGUUAUCACCAUUCAUCAUGCUCUGUAUGACUCGUGGUCACUGCCUCUGCUUGUACACCGCGCACAAGAGGUAUACAAGGGCCAGAUAUUAGAGCCCUCCGACAUGACACCAUUCAAGGAAUUCAUCAAAUAUUCCAUGUCCCAACAACAGGACGCGCUCGAGCACUGGCGCCGUGAAUUCCAUGAACUUACCGCCGAGCCAUUCCCCACACUUCCUUCCAUGUCAUAUCGGCCUCAGGCUUCAAAACAAACGGUACGAACAAUUGAGACCGGCCCAGUGAUGGAUGAAUGUGUCAGUCGAACAACCGCUAUUCGUUUCGCAUGGGCUCUUGUCCAGUCUCACUACCAGAGUAAUGAUGACGUGGUAUUUGGAAUUGUGUCCCCUGGCCGAGCAGCAUCCGUCAGUGGAAUUGAGGGCAUGGCUGGUCCAACAAUCGCCACACUUCCUUUGCGCGUGCAAAUCGAUGGCAAUGCGACCGUCUCCCACGCCCUCAGAGAUUUGCAAGAGCGGACAGUACAGCUCAUUCCAUUCGAACAAGUUGGACUACCAGAGAUUGCUGCCAUAGGACCCGAGGCCAAGCAGGCCUGUUCGUUCCAAACCCUACUCGUAGAGGGGAGGGGCGAGGUUGAAAACUUGGGCACCACCAAUGGUCCUAUGGAACCCAUGGGAACAUCAUCGGGGGAUGCUGCGUCAAAUACUUACGCCAUCCAGCUAGCCGUUAUGUUCAAGCCAAACAUGGUUACUGUUGCAGUGUCAACUGAUGAGACUGUCGUUCCAGAAUGGCAAGUGGAACAGAUGCUGGAUCAAUUCAGCCAUAUCUUGCAGCAGGUGCACCAUCAUCCCGCAAAGCCGGUGCACGAAAUUGCCACGUUGAAUGAGAAAGGUAUCCAGCAGCUGCAAGCCUGGAACACUGGACUCCCAGCACGAUGUCCGGUGUCGGUCACAGACGUGAUUUCUCGGCACUGUGAGAGGCAACCGUUGAGUAUAGCUGUCUCGUCUUCCGACUUCAGCCUAUCAUAUCAAGAGCUGGACGUGCUUUCCACCAACCUCGCCAGUCUUUUGCGUACACAGGGAGCGUCAUCAGAGGUCUUCGUUCCGAUAUACUUGGAGCGGUCAUGCUGGGCUGUGGUAGCGCUGUUGGCCGUGCUCAAAGCAGGGGCAGCAUUCGUCCUUCUGGACACCUCGCAUCCACCAGAGCGACUUCGGAGUAUCUGCGAAGAAGUAAAGCCUCCUUUCAUCCUUACAUCGCCUGAGCAUUGUCGUGAAGCUGAGGCGCUGUUCCACAAUGUUGUGAUUAUGCCUCAGAGCAACGACCCCGAACUCGCGUCGAUACCACAUUAUAGGAUGACCCGUUUGGGCCCAGAUCGUGCUCUCUAUGCGGUAUUCACAUCCGGUUCAACCGGUAAACCUAAGGGUGUUGUGAUCGAGGAUGGUUCCUUCAUGACAAUGACCAACGAAGUUUCUCGUCUGAUGGGUAUUGGCCCAGGUACCCGUGUUCUAAACUUCUCCUCCUAUGCUUUCGACGUCAGUAUUUCGGAAAUACUUGGUUCAUUGCUCGCGGGUGCUUGCAUCUGUGUUCUGACCGAGUCUGAGCGCAGAGGCCGACUAAUUGAGGCAUUGCAAGGGUUACAACCAUCCCAUGCAUAUUUCACCCCCGGUGUGUUGCGUGCGAUGAUGCCAAACGAGUUAGGGUCACUCCGGACGAUCAUGCUCGGUGGAGAACCCCUUCGGUCAAGUGAUAUUCAACAGUGGGUGCCACAUGUACGCCUGGUAUCCGGUUACGGCCCUGCAGAAUGCGCGGUCACGUUUACUGCGCAGUCCCCGAUCGGCACUAGCUCGCAAGGCGGGAAUAUCGGUUUCCCAAUUGCAGGUGCCUGCUGGGUGACUGAUCCACGAAAUCCUGACCGAAUCGUUCCUAUCGGUGCGGUGGGCGAGCUUCUUCUUCAAGGGCCUCAGGUUGGUCGCGGAUAUUUGAAUAGUGCCGAACAAACAGCCACAAGCUUCAUCUCAUCUCCAACAUGGAUGCGACGUGUUGGCUUCACCGGUAGUGGAAAGGAGGGCCAGGUUUAUCGAACAGGCGACCUUGUUCGUUAUGAGAAGGAUGGAUCUCUGUCGUUUAUAGGGCGAAAGGACCUCCAGGUCAAGUUACGAGGUCAGCGCUUUGAACUUGCAGAAGUUGAGAAGCGACUGCAGGAGAUCUGGCCCGAAGAUCUGACGGACAUCGUCGCUGAGAUUGUGACUCCGAUGGCUUCGAUGAAUUCCAAAUGCUUGGUUGUCUUUGUCGCUUCGAAGGCAGCUGAGACAGCUCCACCGCUAUCCAGCUCACCGGUCCCUUCCCUGGAAAUUGUUACCUCUGCCAACUUUGCUGCCCAGAUAUCAAGUGUUAGGCGCCAGCUCGGUGAUAUCCUCCCAGAUUAUAUGGUGCCGUCCGCCUUUGUCCCGCUUCGACGGAUUCCUCACAAUGCAAGCGGGAAGGUAGACCGAAAGCGGUUAAGAGACUCCGCGGCGACCGCAACGCGUGUGCAGCUGGAGUCAUUGUUUGCUGAAGCCCCUUCUGAUAAGCGGGUUCCCACUACAGGAACGGAGCGGCAAUUACAGCACAUUUGGGCCAAAGUACUUGAUAUUGCAGCCGACGAGAUUGGUGCUGAGGACAGCUUCUUCCGAUUAGGUGGUGAUUCUAUCUCGGCUCUCAAAGCUGCAUCCAGGGCUCGAGCAGCUGGGAUUAUGCAUUCAGUGGAGAGUUUGUUCCAGUGGAAAACAAUAAUGCGCGUGGCCAAACAUGCUAGCAUUGUGACUUCCGAUACCAUAGAUGGGAUACAGAGCGCAGGUUCUUCCUUGCAGCACCAUAUACCCUACUCUCUGAUUGCGGAUAACGAGCGUGCAGAACUUUUUGCUUUGCACUCCACACAGGAACAUGCAUUGGUCAAAGAGAAUGUGGAAGAUAUCAUCCCGGCGCUCCCAUUCCAAGUCUUCUACAUAACCCAUGCAUCACCGGUUUCGAUGGCACAAAUAUUCCCAGCGGCCUUGGACAUCGAUAAACUGAAAAGCACUUGCAAGCAGGUUGUGGCCCACCAUAGCAUCUUACGCACGGUAUUUGUGGAGGCCAAUGACCGGUUCUUCCAGGUUAUCCUCCGGGAAGCUGAGCCUGUUUUGAAUGUUGUUCAUUGUGAUGAUCCAGAGGCAUAUGUUGCUCAAGAAUCCGAACAGAAGGUUCCACCCUCAACAGCACAGGGUAAAAUGCCAGUCAGCUUCACUCUUGUUACUAGCCGCGUCAAACAGUGCUCUGCAUUGAUUCUUCGCAUAUCCCAUGCGCAGUAUGACGGGGCCUCCAUGCCGUUGCUAUGGGAAACAAUCAAGAGAGCCUAUCAUAAUGAGCCUCUCCCACAUGCUGCGCAAUUCAAGGAUGUGGCCUAUAAGCGAAUGGGCGAUCUGAACAAAGCCGAGAUUUCAUUCUGGCGAAGAUACCUUCAGGGUGUCCACUCCGAUGCUCUCGAUCCCCUUCGCCAAACUGGAAAGGCACGCAUUUCGGAUAAUGACAUCGUCGAAAAGCGCCAAAUGGGAAUGCCCACUCUUCCACCAGAUAUGACCGUGUCAACGCUCGUGAAAGCAGCUUUCUCGUGGGUCCUGUUUGAGAAAACUGCACAAUCCGAUAUCAUCUUAGGUCAGGUUGUUCACGGGCGUGGAAGUUCCCUUUUGGACGUGAACACGGCCAUUGGGCCCUGCUUGAAUCAUCUCCCCGUUCGAAUCAGGAUUGAACCUGACUGGACUGUGGAAGAUUUCCUGCAUCAUGUUCAGGUGCAGCAGCUAGAAAUCACUGCCCAUGACGAGGGAUCGUUUGACGCGAUCGCAGAAUCUUGCACAGAGUGGCAACCUGGGUCGAAAAUGAGUUGUCUUGUUCACCACCAGAGCGAAGAAGCCACGGAGCCUUUCGAACUUGGUGGUGUUCGCUCGUCGUCUGGUUGUGAUUGGGCCAGCUCCAAGUUGGCGCACGGCCAGCUGGGUAUCAUUUCUGUGGAACGCGGAACCCAGCUUGAGCUCAUGGUCUCAGCUACUGAGGAAACUAUGGAUCAACGUAGCGUUGAGCUUCUGUUGCAAAAGUUGAUUGCCACCAUUCAGUUGUUCUCUAAGUUCUCGCAGUGCCAGCUGGCAAUGGUGAGUAGCAGGAUCCACACAUGA